AUGGCCGGAAGUCUAGAGAAGCAUCUUGAAUGUCCGACCUGUUUGGACAUCUUCAAAGAUCCCGUCAUGCUGCCGUGCAGUCACAGCUUCUGCCGUGCGUGUCUGCAGCAGUGGAAGGACAAAAGAGAGCGCUCGUGUCCACUCUGUAGGGAAGCGUUUCAUUCGAUGGAUCCACCUUUGAACUUGGCACUGAAGAAUAUGUGUGAGAGCUUCUCAAAUCAAGCCUGGUCUGAAGACAUGUGCAGCUUGCACGAGGAGAAACUCAAACUUUUCUGCUUGGAGGACCAGGAGCUGGUGUGCCUCGUCUGCAGAGAUUCAAAAAUCCACGCCGGACACAAGUUCCGUCCCCUCAAAGAAGUUGUGGAAGGUCAUAAAGAGGAACUUCAAUGUAAACUUCAGCAAGCCAAGAACAGACUAGAAGAUUAUAUCAAGGUUAGAGAGACCUGCAAUGAAUUGGCAAAGUACAUCAAGGUCCAGAGUGAGAAGGUUGAAAGCAAGAUUAAGAAGGAUUUUGAGGAGCUACGUCGCUUCCUAGACAUUGAGGAGAAGGCCAGGUUGGCUGUGGUUGGGGAGGAAGAGAAAAUGAAGAGUUGGUCUAUGAAGGAGAAGAUUGCAGCUCUCGGCAGAGACAUGGCCACUCUCUCAGACUUUAUCAGACGCACCGAGGAGCAUCUGGCAUCUGACGACAUUUCUUUCAUGAAGAACUUCCCGACUGCAAUAAGCAGAAUCCAAGAACAGCUCAAUGAACCGGAGCUGAUUAAACGAAGUCUGCUGGACGAAGCCAAACAUGUGGGCAACCUCAAGUUCAACAUCUGGGAGCAAAUGAAGGAGACGCUGUCAUACAGUCCCGUCAUUCUGGACCCCAACACGGCCAGUCAGAGUCUCAUUCUGUCUGAAGAUCUGACCAGCCUGACUUUAAAUGAUGCAAGUCAACCCCCAGAGAAUCCAGAGAGGUUCAAGGCCAAUACUGUGCGGGGUUGCGCUUUGGACUCAGGAACACACGUGUGGGAGGUAGAGGUGGGAGACAACAAGGACUGGGAAAUGGGAGUCAUGUGGGAAGACCCUUGUUUGCCAGAUCAAAUGGUGCUUUUCUUCAUUGGAUUUAAGGAUGGUAAGUACAACAGGUCUGGUGAAGAAUUUGGAGCGUGGAAUCCACCUUUAGAAUUGCAGACAGUCCGAGUUGAAGUUGACGUAUUUGGAAGGCGUCUUUCCUUCUUGGAAACUUUUACAAACACUGAAUUGUUUACCCUUCAGGACCCUUCCGAAUGGCCAGACUGCUCCGGUAACACCAAAAUUUAUCCUUUCCUUUGGACAGCACAUGAAAGUCCUCUGAAAAUAAUCUCCUAUCCGCUUCGUGUUAUGACUUCCGUGAGGCUGUGA